AAUGUAAACAGCUGAGCCAAGCACAUGUGUGUGUCGAAUUUGUAGUUGGAGCAUAAUAAUUUAUUAUGGGACUUGAAGUUGAUUUACCCGGCAACGAUAUAGACGAUAUCGAGGAUCUGAUAUCGUCGGACGAUAUCAAGCCACGCGAACGCUAUGAGAAUAAGAAAAGUGUAACAGUGCGUGCCAAGAGACGAGCACAAAUCAAACCAGCAUCAGACAACGAUGAGAAGACGCCGCAGCCGCAGAAAACGAUUUACGAGAGUGUUAUACCCGGCACACAAAAGGUCUAUGUGAAGACCUGGGGUUGUGCCCACAACAACUCCGACUCGGAGUACAUGGCUGGCCAACUGGCUGCCUAUGGCUACAAUCUGAGUGGCAAGGAUGAUGCGGAUCUGUGGCUGCUCAACAGCUGCACUGUAAAGAAUCCCUCAGAAGACACGUUUCGUAAUGAGAUCGAGUCGGGCAUGCGCAGUGGCAAGCACGUUGUGGUGGCCGGCUGUGUGCCUCAAGGUGCUCCCAAGGCGGAUUAUUUGCGUGGCCUGUCGGUAAUUGGAGUGCAACAAAUUGAUCGCGUUGUGGAGGUGGUGGAAGAAACGCUAAAGGGUCAUAGUGUCCGAUUGCUGCAGAACAGAAAAGUGCACGGCCGACGUGUAGCUGGUGCUCCACUGUCGCUGCCCAAGGUGCGCAAGAAUCCGCUCAUCGAGAUUAUCUCGAUCAAUAGUGGUUGCCUGAAUCAGUGCACCUACUGCAAGACGAAGCAUGCACGCGGCGAUCUGGCCAGCUAUCCGCCAGCCGAGAUUGUGGAACGUGCCCGGCAAUCCUUUGAUGAAGGAUGCUGUGAGAUUUGGCUGACUUCAGAGGAUACGGGCGCUUAUGGGCGUGACAUUGGCAGCUCGCUGCCCGAGUUGCUGUGGCAGCUGGUCGAGGUGAUACCCGAGAAUUGCAUGUUGCGCGUGGGCAUGACCAAUCCGCCCUACAUAUUGGAGCACCUCGAGGAGGUGGCCAAGGUGCUUCAGCAUCCACGUGUCUACGCUUUUCUCCAUGUGCCCGUGCAGAGCGGCAGCGAUUCGGUGCUGGGCGAGAUGAAGCGUGAAUACUGUCGUAAGGAUUUUGAGCAUGUGGUCGACUUUCUUCGCGCUCGUGUGCCUGGCUUGACAAUUGCCACCGACAUCAUUUGUGGCUUUCCCACGGAGACGGAAGAUGACUUUGAGGAGACAAUGACACUGUGCGCCAAGCAUCGCUUCCCUAGUCUAUUUAUCAAUCAGUUCUUCCCACGGCCUGGAACACCAGCUGCUAAAAUGGAACGCAUACCAGCGAAUCUGGUGAAGAAGCGCACCAAGCGGCUUACUGAUCUCUUCUACAGCUACGAACCGUAUGCCGGUCGCGAGGGUCAAGUGUACGAGGUGCUUGUGACGGAAAUAUCACAUGAUAAGCAACACUAUGUGGGCCACAACAAGAGCUAUGAGCAAGUGCUGUUGCCCAUGCGAGACAAUUUGCUGGGCACUCGAGUGCGAGUGCGCAUUACGUCGACCAGCAAGUUCAGCAUGAUGGCCGAGAUACUGGACGAAGAGCGCGACUGGACACGCUGUGACAACAACAACAAGGCAGUGACAACAGAAUGCUUGACUCAGAGUCGAGGACAGCGCUUCAUGGGCAUCGCUUUGCUUGUGGGUGCUUUGGCUUUUCUGUUGCACUUGCUGCUCAAAUUCGUGUCAUCUCAAUCGAAAUAAAAGGCAAAAGGCAAAACAA